GAUCCGUCCUUGAAACUUUUAAUUCUAAACUCAGUCGAUUUUAUUUUGCUCUGGUCAUUCUUUGCGAUUAUAAAUUGCUUGACUCGUGUCUUCAAAUACAUGGAAAUUGUUGACUGAUUGCUCUCUGCGCGUUCACAUUUAAUUAAGUGCGGCUGUAUCUGAACGCUCAGCUUUUGGUCUUGUGAAUCACGUUUGUCAUCAACAUUGCAGAGGAAAACCGGAUUAAUAUUUUUGAUUUUUCGAGUGAAACGCAAAUUUUGAGUGUUCCCUGGCAAGGAUUUUUUAGGAACCACCAGUGAAAAGUUUCAUUGGUCAUGGAGAAUGUGAACGAUCUUCCAGCUGAGAUUUUGAUUCAAGUGUUUGACUUUCUAACAGUCAGCGAAAGAAAAAUCGCCGCAUCCGUUUGCACUUUAUGGUGCCGUAUCCUGCAUUGCGUGAGAUAUCAGCGACAAUGUAGGUUUCUGUUGGACAGGACUUUCGAGGAAGGCCUUUCGGACAUGGAAAAACAAGUGCUUCUUAACUGCCGGAAUCUAUCGAUCACACAUUGGGAUGAGGACAGUGAGGACGAAGAAGACGAGGAAGAUAUUAUAGAGCUUAAGUAUCUUUACAAACCUUCUCCGGAACAAAAUCUGGCAGAUUUGUUAUUUAAUCCCAAGCUCGAUCUUGAAAGCCUAGAAUUGUUCAGUACUUACGACAGUUGUCGACAUAUUAUCGAUUCCCGAUUGCCACAGCUAGAAAAUCUCCAAAAUCUUUCUCUAAACUUUGAUCAGAAUCAAAAACCCAACAAAGCUGCUGAUACUUCAGUUUGGACAAUCCAGCACGAUCGUAUCAAAUCCUUCAAAUUGGACAUUUCUCAUAAUGUAAAACCCUAUCGGUUGAUAACACCUCAUCUGACAUGUCUGGAUGUGACCACAAAUUGCCGAUGGAAUAUCGAGCUGGUGGAAAUGUACAGCAAUCAGUUACAGUGCCUCAAACUGCGAUUCGAUGAUGCAGAAUCCAUGGAUCAAAUCAUAAGUAUGGCCUUCCCAAAGUUAACAGAGUUGCAUGUUCAGAUGUUCGACGACAAAGAUAUCCAGGUGCGGUACGCUCGGAUGAACCAUCGCUUGACCCAUCUGGAGAAGGAUGAACAGUUCGUGCGGGGGAUGCCUCAGCUGAAAAAAUUGCAGCUGUACAGCAAUUUGAUGUUCUACCGGAUGAGUGCUUUUAUGGGCAGAUAUUUACGAUUGCUGCAGGAACUCACCUUGGAAGAACAACAAAUCGAUUACGCACAACUGAAAACUGUAGAAACGUUACCACAGCUUAAGACUCUAACCCUAUUCCGGUGCGAAGUUCUCCAAACAUCGUCCAUGCUUCCCGCCCUGCAGCUUCCGCGACUGCACAAGCUUACACUAUUGUACAACGAGUCCAGUAUCGUGUUCGACAAAGGCCUUGCCAACAUCACCCAUCUGAAAAUAUCCCUAUGGAUGCGCAACAAUCACAAAGUGCUGUAUAAAAUUUGCAAUAAUCUAUCAAACCUGGAGCACCUGGAGGUGCGCGUCAACUCUAAGCUGGUCAACACAUCGCUGCGGCAUCUGCACCGGUUAACUAAGCUAAAAAGUCUCAAAUUAGAUGACGUCGAACUAAACGCCCGUCUGUGGACUCACUGUCCGAUAGUGGCUUCCGUCCAACGGCUAGUAUUAAUCAAUUGCUCCUUCAAGCUCGAUACGCUGCAACCGGUAGCUGAAUUGUUCCCAUCGCUGCAGGAACUAUUUGUAGAUAGGUGUUAUAUUAAAAACUGUGAUCAGGAAAAGGUCGGAGACGAAGAUGAGGACAGAGCUGAGGCUCUCGUUAGUAGUAGUCCUUGCUUUGAUGAAUCUUCCAAAAGCGACGAAACGUUCAAUGUUGAAGAUUUACAUGGAGACAAUACUGGGUCAACGGAUGAUAGUGAUUCAGAAGACGAAGAUAGCUCGUCCGAAAAACAGAGCCUUACUAUAGAUCGGGUGCGGCGGUGGUUUCCCCAAAGCCGAGUUUCGUUUAAGGAUGCGUACUUUCGUUUUACGAACGAUUACGAUUAAAAAAGUUGAUUUAUUUGAA